UCCACAGAUGUUAGCGGUGCUGCUUGUGGAAGAAGCCGCCUGUUGGUGCUGUUCUGGGGCAUGUGGCUCAGAGGAAUGAGGCAGUCUUUCUCUCUGACCCUGGCCCGUCGAUGAAAAAAGCGACCGAGCGGCAAAAGGGGCUGGGGAUGCACAACGGGACAGGAGAAACACGGCUUUACAGGAGAAAACCUCGGAUUGUUGAUGCUGCUAAACAUGGAGUAUCGCCUCCUUUGUGGAACAAACCAAGCGUACGCAGAUGUGGCCGGUCACUGAGUUUGUAAAAGCAAAAGAUUUGGUUCCUACUUUUUUUUUUUUUUUUUAACCGUUUGCGUUGAGACACACAUCUGCAAUGAUGCGGGCUGUGGACCGGAGAAGAACCGCUGCGAUUGUGCUCUGCCUUUUGGGAUACCUUAUCUCCAAAGCUACCACCAAAACAAUACCGGAGGACACCGCCACGGAAGAGGUGACUCUGAAGGUUCACCUGAGCGAUGCCAGCACUCACCAGCCCCUGGGAGGAGCCGCCAUACAGCUCUUCGCCAACCACACUUCUGUAACCACAGAAACCUCAUCAGCUGAUGGCAACACCUACCUGCGCUUCCCCUACCGCCUUGGGACACCGUUGGUCGUCACCGCAACCAAACAGGGAUAUGUGCCAAACUCUGUGCCCUGGAGUCCCUCUAGAUUACCUGUAUUUUCAUCCAUCAGCCUGGACCUGCUACCCGAAAGAGCUGCUACUCUGAUGGUGUAUGAAGAUGUUGUGGAGAUCGUUUCAGGCCUACAAGGUUUGAGGCAUCAGCCCAGUGUUCAUUUCCAGCGCAGAGCUCUGAGUCUUCCUUCCAACACAUCCUACGCCAACCUAACUGCGUUGCUCACCGUGGCCAGCACCCCCUCACACAUCCAGUACUUUCCCCACCUGCAGGUCCUCAGCAGCAACGGCACAGGGACCAAGAAGAGGUUCGAGUUGACUCCUGUAGCAGCUAUCUCCGUUCACUUAUUGGCCAGCGACGGAGUGGAGCUGCAGGUGAAUGAGCCAAUCACGGUUUCCGUCCCCCUGCCGGCUGACAGUGGCCUGAAGGAAAAUGAUCACAUCCCUGCUUGGAGAUUUGACCCGCGCUUGGGGGCCUGGAUAAAGAGCAGUUGGGGUCAUGUGCAGAGGGAGGGCAACCAACUCAGUCUGACCUACAUUGCUCCUCAGCUGGGUUAUUGGGUGGCCGCCAUGUCCCCGCUACAUUCAGGUCCUGUUUUUGCGAAGGACUUCAGCACAUACCACACUGUGUUUCUAUUGGCUAUACUGGGAGGCAUGGCUCUCAUCCUGCUGUGCCUGCUCUGCCUCCUUUUGUACUACUGCAGGCGUCGCUGUUUGAAGCCUCGAGGGUCUCACCGGAAGCUCACACUGUCCUCUGGUCUGGACAGCAGUAAGAGGGACCAAGCCACCUCAAUGUCGCACCUGAACCUCAUCAGCAACGAGGUGCAGCUGGAACUUGUUUCCACAGCAACUGAGCCCGACAUGACCACACCAAUGCUGAAGCCUUUCUCAUAUGAGCACCAAGACAAUCAACGUCAACACAGCGUAAUCCAUCACAGCAAACACAGCCGCUCGUCUCUGGGCAACAGCCACCACGGCUCAUCUCUUGGCAAUCUGACGCCUCGCAGCAGAGACUACCGGCAGUCUGCGGAGACGUUCCAGUUAAAGGCUGCCCUUUCAUCCGGAACAGACCAGGGCUACCGUCAAUCAUACACCUCCGUGUGCUCAUCCAGCAACCCAAUUUCAGAUGCACUGUCAUCAGCCAAUCACGGCCAGGUGUCAGCUAACCAUCUGAGCACUGCUGGGAUUGUUGAUUGCAUCUCCCCUUCCUCUCCUCCUCACUCCCCCAGUAGAGGGGAGGUAUGUGAGUGUAGAGCUCCUGACUACCUUCUGUCCCGUUCUGUGGACCACCUGGAGCGUCCAAGUCCCCCGUUGCUCGCCCGGCCCGGCCAGCUGCUCUGCUGCGGCUCUGUGGACCUGCUGAGUGGAGGAGAAGGCUACCCAAGGGUGCGUCCUACACUGGUGAUUCCAGCACACUACAUGCGCCUGCCUGGGGAGCACCCUCUCUCUGGUCAGGCCCUUCUGCUGCAGACUGACCAGCAGAGUGACUUGGAGACCAUCCAGGCUGAGCUCAAUGCUUCACAUUCCCAGCAGCCCCUAGGGCAAACCCCCGCUGACUGUACCCCAGGUCCCACCAAGCAGGGUGACGGAGAGGUGCAUGGCUUGUCAGAGUCUCUGUCUAUUCCAGCUGCACUUGGAGAAACAGGUCUAGUGGAAAUAAACAGCGAGGACACCUUGUUGGCUGAAAAGACUUUAAUGGAGCUAAGAGGAGGGAAGCCUCUGCCUCACCCACGAGCCUGGUUUGUCUCACUUGACGGACGCUCCAACGCUCAUAUUCGCCACUCCUACAUCGACCUCCAGCGGGCGGGGUGCCACGGCAACACGGCCGGUGGAGGAGUUCAGCAAGGGAAUAGCAGCAGUGGAAGGCGUGGCAAUAGCAAUGACGCCAGUCUGGACUCCGGUGUGGACCUGAACGAGCCGAGAGUGGGCCGCAGGGGGAGAGACGCAGAGCGGGAGGAAGGAGGGAUUGAGAAAGACAGGUCGAAGGGCACAACACCAGCUAUGGCCUACACUCAGCUGGUGUAUGUGGAUGAUCUGGAUGGCGGAAGAAGUGAGGAGGAGUCACCCAAGUGCAGCCCGCAGGACGGUAAAACAGCACCCAUUCUGUCAGACAAAGCAGAGGGUCAGAGAGAGGGGCAGGGGGAUGUGGGGGGAGGGAGAGUAGAGGGGGUACGAAUACAAGAGGAACCACCCUCACUUUCCUCUUCAUCCCCUGCAUCUCCUCCUCCCCUGCCAACUCCAGAGGGAGAGACUUUCAGGACUGAUCACGCGCUGCUGUCAGUCUCUCCUGAUGACGAUGUGGCACACGAGGACGGAGAGGAGGAGAAGAAGAGUCCCUGGCAGAGGAGAGAGGAGCGACCCCUGCUGGCCUUCAACCUUAAAUGAUCCACACAUGACCACUGAGAGGAUUGGUUCACACUUUUUCCUAAUAGAAUACUCACAAGCCCAUAUGUACAUUGAAAUCAUUUUUUGUGGCUGUUGUUCCUUUAUGAAAAUACUGGUCCUUCUUAAAGCAAUUUCAAUGUAAGUUAUCCUCAUUCUGUGCAAAAGGUCAUUCUGAAGUUCAGCUGAAGCUAAUUUGAGCUCUGAGUUAGUCAUAUCAAGUGGAAAUCUUCCAAAAUUACAAUCUUUUUAGAUGGAUGGAGUACUUUGUUAAUCCAAAUAGAAUAUUGCAGCAAAGUCACACAUGAAUCACAAAACAAAACAAAACAAAAAGUAAAUAUAGUAAUGAAAACGAAUAACUAAAAUAAAAUAAAAUCUACGGCCACGCUAAAAUAUAUACAACAGGUUUUGAGGCUCAGGAAAGUUGAGGGGAGGGUUGUGAGGCGAAGAUACUAUGUGAGGUGAAUUGCUGCAAUUUAAGUAAAAAAUCUGAGUCAUAACCCAGUUACAUCUAAAUACACAUAAUACAUAUAUUUUCACUGUGACUUUCUGAUAUCAUUAUCUCCAAUGUCCAUCCUGAAUAAACGUCCAUUAAUAUGCUUAGAGAUUGUGGCAAAAAAAAUGCUCCUCAUAACUCCAGAACUUGCCUGAGAAUCAACACAUAUUUUAUUUUAUUAUUUUUUCUUCAGUAUCAAAGUAAUCCAGUGACAGUUGUCUGUACAUCCGUGGAUACACUGCAAACUGAAGCUGCUAAUGGCUAAUUCAGCAUACUUUUAAUGGUGCCAAUAUGCCAAAAUGUAAACAAAUAAUUGGGAAAAAAGGAAAGCUCUAGUUGGUACUCUAAAUCUAUAUACACACAGUUAUGCACAUGUAUGUAAAUGUAUGUCACAAACAGUUCAGUUCAUAAUUGGAGAGUGGUUUGUGUCAUCACGCUUUGCCUUACUAUCCCUCUGCUAUUCCUCAGCAAGGAAGCACAAAGAGUCUUUUUAUACUAAAAAGACUAUAACUUGGCUUGUCAAGCUUGAGACAGAUAUUAGCUUUAGUUGAACUAUAUAAUGCAUUUUUACACAAAACGAGGACCAUGGAUUUUGUCCACCUUGUCUCUUCCUUUGAAAUCACUUCAGGAAAGGAGAUUUUUUUGCUGCUAAUGUAGACAGGGGGAACAAUUACAGCUACCAAAACUGUUCAGUUGUACACGAGUAUGUCAGUUAUGUUUUGAGAUAGUUUUUUUUUUUUUUUAAAGUGAACCUACCCUUUAACCAUGACUCCCACUCUGCCAAGACCAUAACGUGAAGGAUAUGACAAUUUAAAUCGAAGCCUUUUUUUUUUCUUAAAUAUAGCACUGAGGAAAUAUUUCAGCACUGGGUUCCCUUCUAGUCCAGAACCGUGAAGGGAUGGUUCUAAUCCUUCAUGAGCUGUCAGGGCCCUCAUGAACUGCCCACUGUUGUCUGCCACUUUGUCAUCCUCACGACAGUCUACAUACAUACAACAGAGCACUCAUCAUCAGGCACGAUAUACACAUUGCCUGAGGGAGGACAUUGGAGGCAAGAAAUUAGAACAUUUUAUGCACAACAAAUAUAUGCCUUUUUUUAUAAAUAGCCUUGUAAGCAUAAAGGAACUGUAGUACAAAAAGGUAAUGGGUGGUUCUCACACAUGAAAGACUACAGGAACCUUUUUUUCUUGAGCCAUAUUGGCCUAAAUCCACUGACACACUACACUUCUUUAAAGUGAGAUUAUAACCCUUAUUUAGCCAGAUUUUUUGAGAUUGUGGAACAUCUGUUCAAAAUGAGGCACCUGAUUCCACUCUUCACAGUCUGUUAGGAAAUUAAAAGUAUUCAUACCGUGUUUCUGCACAAGAAUCACCCCUGAGAUGAACAUGUAAAUCUUGUACUUGUGAAUGGUUUUUGAUUAUUUUGCUAGAAUUCAAUCCAGCCCGUCAGAAGGCCGUAUGGGUGUUUACAUGAUCUACACAGGGCAUGAAGUGUUUGGACUGCAGAAAUUAAACCACUAUCCGCACUGCAACUUAAUCAGAUAAUGUGACACACCACUAUGCUGAUGGUUAAGGAUAUAAUACCACUAGGAAACAGUAGGUCCAUCCAAAACAAUGGCGAGGUUUGAUAAUAUGAAGGGUUUUGUAAUUGUUGAACCACUGACUGGUGUAUUUUUGCUCUGAAGGCUAUGCAUCACUUUUAUAUGGCUGCUUGAGAUGCCUUUUUUGUAAUUUUAAUCACUUUGAUUUUAAUUGCCAACAUGAAAUAUUUUACACGAAAAUAGGCUAUUCUUGUUUCUUCAAAUAUGUUAAGGGCUUUUCUUUCUGAGCUACAAAAACAAACUGCAUACGUUUUAUCUGAAACCAAACUAUUUUGCAUGCUGUUUUACCUUCUUUUUUUCCCUCCCAUUUCCUCAUGUUCCAAGUGCCUUUGAACAACCUGACUACAACAAAUUUGUGGAACAGACUACCUUAUUUAUUUCUCGCCUUCUUUUGCCUUUUAGCUUUUCUCUUCUCUACCUCAGCCUUCCCUUUCUCCCCCUCUUGUGAAAGAAAGCAUGCAGUAAACUUUCCUCAGCACUAGCGUGUUACAAGCUACACUGCGGACAUCUCAGAAAAUGUGUACCAGCUGCUGCAAUCGUAAAAUCCUCUACAGUAAUCAGCAAGGCAACAAUCUCUCUUAGAGUAAGCAGUUAAGGAUUUACCGAAAUGUUCAGUGUAGCACGGGAUAUAUAAAGCUAAGUGCGAUUGUAUGUGAAGCUAAACUGCAGGUCAUUUCAGUGCACUCUCUUAUUUUUGUGUUUUGGGGUGAAUGUUUGUCUCGAAUGUGUUUAUGCGCACCUGUGUGGUGAUACUGCUGGCUGUGACUUUGUGUUGUGUCAGAUUGUGUGUCCAUGUGAGAGUGCGGAGAAAUAAUCAACAUAAUACAUCCACUCAAGGUUCAUAUAGUCAUAGCAAUCAUAUUACAGAGUGUGUAUAGUUAUUUCUUUUCCUGGUCAAAAUGAUGUGUGAGUUGUUCUUCUGAAUGGCCUCUUCUCUUUUAGUAUCCCACAGAAACCUCCAGUUCUAGGGUGGAGUUGCAAAUACAGCAUCCUGAGUGUGUAACUUGGUUGCUUGCAUUAUAUUUGAAGCCUAUUAUUCUGAAUAAACAACCAAACUGGAA